AUGCCACAGACCGCAGGGCCAGAUACAAUUCGAAUUCUCGUAUCCACCGACAACCAUGUUGGCUACGAGGAACGCGAUCCCAUUCGUAAGGACGAUAGCUGGCGGACAUUUGAUGAGAUAAUGCAGCUUGCACGUACCAAAGACGUGGAUAUGGUCCUCCUCGGGGGUGAUCUCUUCCAUGACAAUAAACCCUCCCGCAAGGCUAUGUACCAGGUUAUGCGCUCUCUGCGGAAGAACUGCCUUGGCAUGAAACCUUGCGAGCUAGAGUUCCUCAGUGACCCCGCCGAGGUUUUUGAGGGCGCUUUUCCCCAUGUCAACUACUACGAUCCUGACAUCAACGUCUCUAUUCCCGUCUUCUCCAUCCAUGGCAAUCAUGACGAUCCGAGCGGCGAUGGCCACCUCUGUUCCCUUGAUCUGCUCCAAGUCGCUGGGCUGGUCAAUUAUUUUGGUCGGGUUCCUGAAGCAGACAACAUCCACGUCAAACCUAUUCUGCUACAAAAAGGAAAGACAAAGCUAGCUCUGUAUGGGAUGAGUAACGUCCGAGACGAAAGAAUACACCGGACAUUCAGGGACAACAAAGUCCGGUUCUACAGGCCAAGUCAGCAAACGGGUGACUGGUUUAACCUUUUGACCCUUCACCAAAACCACUACGCCCAUACUCCCACCGGGUACCUGUCUGAGAACAUGCUACCAGAUUUCUUGGACCUUGUCAUAUGGGGACAUGAGCAUGAGUGUCUUAUUGAUCCUAAGAAGAAUCCAGAGACCGGUUUCCAUGUCAUGCAGCCCGGUUCGUCCAUAGCAACAUCCCUUGUUCCAGGAGAAGCCGUUCCGAAGCAUAUUGCUAUUUUGAGCAUUACUGGCAAAUCUUUCGAGGUGGAGAAAAUUCCCCUUCGGACUGUUCGGCCAUUUGUCAUCCGCGAAAUCACCUUGGCCACCGAUAAACGCUUCAAGGGCCUCGAGAAAAAGCAAGACAACCGACAGGAAGUCACAAAGCGACUCAUGCAAAUCGUCGAAGAAAUGAUUGCGGAGGCAAAUGAAAUGUGGCGGUCACUUCACGAAGACAGCCAAGAUGAUGAAGACGAGGAGCAGCCGCUGCCUCUGAUCCGCCUCAAAGUUGAAUAUUCAUCUCCAGAGGGUACCAAGUUCGAGGUGGAAAACCCUCAGCGAUUCUCCAACCGGUUCGCGGGCAAGGUCGCGAAUCAAAACGACGUCGUUCACUUUUACAGGAAGAAGACAGGAACAACAAGGAAGCCAAAGGAGGGGAAACGUGAGCUCCCGGAGGGUAUAGCAGAGGCACUCGAGGAUUCAGAUAGUAUCAGCGUCGACGCCCUUGUCCAAGAAUUCUUUGCUCAGCAGUCUCUUAAAAUUCUCCCUCAAGCACCUUUUGGUGAUGCUGUUAACCAGUUCGUCAGCAAGGACGACAAGCAUGCAGUCGAAAUGUUUGUUAUGGACUCGCUAUCUAGUCAGGUCAGGGGUCUGCUGCAGCUCGAUGAUGACAAGAUUAAUGAGGGCCUUGAUUCCCACAUCGAAGACUUCAGAAAGGUCAUGGAAAAGAAUUUUCUUUCUGGUCAGCAGAAACAGGCUCAACGCCGGAGACGGUUCAAAGAAAAGCCUGAAGGUUGGGAUUCGGACUUGAAUGGUCAUUGGACGCUGCAGCCUGAAGCCAUCGAGGAACUCUCCUCAUCUCCCGAGCCCGCGAAAGAAGGUGGUCGGGUGCGCCCAGCCUCUAGAAUUACGGUUGGCGAUGAAGACAACCUGUUUGAGGAGGAAGAGUUUGUGCAGAAAACGACGGCUAAACGAGCACCAACAACUCGAGCGACAAGGAAGACUGCUGCUGCUACCAGAGCAACAACGGCAACCAAAGCGUCUGCCCCUGCGAAGAAGUCUAUCGCGGCACCUAGGGGAAGAAAGAGGGCCAACCCUUUUCAAGACAGCGCUGAGGAGGAAGAGGAUGUGAUCAUGGACGAUGAUGACGACUACAAGCCGGCGCCCCCCGUGAAAGCACCCCCACCGAAGCCGGCGCGAGAGACGCAAACUCGUGGUGCGCCAAAAACUCGGCAAACAACGCUCAAUUUCUCUCAAGCAGAGCGCCCCACGAGAACGACGCAGAAGGCAAUCGAAAUCAGUGACGAUGAGAUAUCAGAAGAUGAUGCUUUUGAGUCCAUGCCCGCGAGGAAGAGCAAGAGAUACUGA